CUUAAGAACGAAGGACGGACGAGUCUCUGUGCUACAGUACCUCAUCCUGGCGAACGCAUUUAUAUAAACAACAGUGUUAAGAUGGACGUGAAGGGAAUGGUUAUUGAGGUAAAUGGACUUCCAGACGUCUACCUCAGUGAUAAAAUGAUUGACAAAUUAACCAUGCACUUUCUGAAGCCCAGUAACUAUGGCGGAGAAGUUUUAAUAGUGAUUUAUCCCACUUCCGAAAAAGGCCAGGCUUAUGUUGUUUUUGAAUCAGAAGAAGUACCAGGAGUCUUGGAACAUAAUCAUGUUUUGGAACUGGAUAGUCGGUUUUACCCACUGAAUGUUAAAAAGAUGCAUCAGCCUAAGUUGGACAUGCCAGCCGAAGCAGUCCUCGAUGUAAGGAUGUUCUCUAGUCAGAAAAGAGUCCGAAAGAUUCUUCAUAACCAUGGCUUUCAGGUGACAGAGAUCAGCCCAGGACAGCUGCGUUUGGAGGGAACCUUUCUUAACCUAAAACGCAUCCGUCCUCAACUCAUGAAACUUCUGGUUCUGAGUCUUCAAGAAACCCACCAGCAGAGAACACCUACAUAUUACACUAAUGGCUACUCCUCAGACUCUGUCUUGAGAACUAGUGACUAUGAAUCUAGAUCUCACUCUUCAUCGAGGCACAGUCACAACAAUGGCCAGUCAAAGUAUGCUGUGGGUGGAAGACCACCUUCUGGAAUAAACUCAAGAUCCCCAGAGUCCUCAAACAGGCAGUCACUCAUGCAGGUUGCCUUUCCACUGGAUGUUAGUUUAAGUGCAGAUAGUUCCUUUAGCAGUCCCAGCAGGAGCUAUGAGGAUUCCAGCACAAGCACUCGACGGCGGAAUCCCUCGUCUCCCAGGAAAACUGAGGAUUCUUUCCCUGUGGACCCAUAUAUGUGGGAAUAUAUAAUGCACUUCAAGAAAGAUUUUGUUGAAAAAAUAGAAUCUGAUCACCACACUCAUAUUAACCAUGCAGAUGAUUCAGGGGUUGUUAUGGUUAAACUUUGGGGAGGAUCCUUUAAAGAAGCAGGUAAAGAAUUGCGUGAAUUCGUGCAGAAGAUCUCCUCAUCUCUACGCACACAAGAAAUAGACCUGAAUAAACAUGACAUCAGUCAAAGAAGACUUAUUGCUAAGAAUGCUUCCUCAUUCCAAAAAAUCUAUAAUGUUUUGAUUAGGCAGGAAGAUAACAUUAUUAAAGUGGUGGGGUCAUCAAAAGACAGUUACGAAGCGAAGGAAAAGCUUCUUGGACAGGAGGUUGGCAAUGCUCUGCCAAGACACUUUACAAUGAACAUUCUGCGACGCAGCAAGUCUUUGCCAAGACAAAAAACAAGAACAAGAGAAGAGAACCUGGACUUUGUAGGAAACCCUGAUGUUUUGCCAAGCCAAAAAACAAAGACCACAGACAAGAACCCAGACUUAGGACAAAGUCCUGAUGCCCUGUACGCUACUACUGUUAGUAGCUCCUCUGCCUCACAUUCCCGAACAGAUUCUCAGUUGCAGCGAGAGGUAGAACAGGAAAGAGGCCGCACGGCCACUAAAUCCACUGCACAACGUGGCAGGGCACAGAGCACUUCUCAAUUACAGAACAAAAAUAAAAACAAAGUUAAACAAGAGCUGCCAACUUAUGAUCAGCAGGAUUUGCCAUCCUCUCAUGAAGUUCAGACAUCUAAACAAAAGCCUAAAAUAAAAGCUUCUCUUACACCUGUUAAUAAUUUUCUUCACAAAAUCAAAUCUUCACCCUUUUCGAAAUGACUGAAUCUAGUACAUCAUUAAUUUAUCUCAUGGCUUAAAUAAGUAAUUACUUCGCCACCACAAAUGAAUAUGUUCUGUACAUGAGUGUGUGUAGUAUGAAUAGAAUACGGACGUACUACAUUCACCAUGUUGUCAUUAUCACGUGACUUUCCAGUGUCAGUUGCAUCGCAGCAGUGUCCAUCAUAUGCACACUUCAGAAUAACACCAGCAGUAGGGCAUCCAGGUACUUUUUGCCUACAUUUUUAUGACUAUUGUGGCUUCAGGCGUACUUCACAGAGUAUCUGUGCAAUCAAGUUAACGAUAUAGCUGGAAAUUAAGUGGUGAAUGGCGUUAGUUUGAUUGUUCCAAAAUGGUGGUCUCAUCUAAGUGCUUGGAGCGGUCGAAUGGGGCAUCUAUACAUAUCUAUGCUUGUGAUUACCUUUACUUUAAGAAAGGGAUGAGACUCUAUGCCAGGGGUAGCGAACUCCGGUCUUGGAGAGCCGCAGCCCUGUAGAGUUCAGCUCCAACCCUGAUAUAACUCACCUGUAGCUUCCUCAUAACCCUUCAGACCUUGAUUAGCUUGUUCAGAUGUGUUUGAUUAGGGUUGAAGUUGAACUCUGCAGGACUGCGGCUCUCCAGGAACGACAUUUCGCCGCCCCGCUCUAUACUGACAGUGCUAUUUGGCUAAACCAGGGGUGUCCAGACCUGCUCCUGAAGUGCCAACAUUAUACACAGUAUAGCUCCAACAAGUGAGUCCAAACACCUCGAAUAUCUGGUUCAGUUGUUUCAUUGGGGUUGGAGCUAAACUCUGCAGGACAGUGGCGCUUUAGGAACAGGUUUGGAUUCUCCUGGAGAGGGUGCUCGCUGCAGAGCCAGAUGGGAGGAGCUGGAGCUCCAGCUCCCCCUCGCUGGAGGUAAUGGGUGGAGAUAGAUACCUAACCACACUCUAACCCUACCCCUUACCCUAUCCUAACCCUAACUCCACCCAUUAGUUCACACAGAGGUGGAGCUGGACAUCCAGAGAGGGGGAGCUGGAGGCCAUUCGGCUCUGCAGUGAGCAGCACUUGUUCUCCUGGCCUAAUCACAUCUAUAAUAUUUAAAUUGUACUUACUCUUGAGCACUUUGCAACAAUCACUGUGAAUGCUCUGUAAUUAAUGCUUGCUUCAAAUAUACGUCAAAGAAAAUCAGUUUAUCUGAAUAUCUUAUAUUCAGUGUCGUUUACCUGUGUAGUAAUUUUUCAGUAUUUGUGCUUCACACUAUGUUCAGUCCUUUCCUGCAUUGCUGAAUUGUCAAGACACUCGUUCAUUACCAUGGAGACACAAGGAGGAAGUGUCUUUUUCUGCAUUCUACAGGAAGUGAGGCAGGCCCUGUGGUUGAUUUAGGGGCUGAGCACCUCCCUGUCAAAAAAAAAAAAAAGUACUCAGGCUUUUGUGUUAAACAGGAUAGCAUGUGAGAAAUACACUAAUGUGCAGAGUGCUUUUGUUUUUCCUUGAUUUUCAUGAUUUUUGAUUGAACAUUGUAUUAAUUGAGAAUGUCUCUCUAUCAGUAUUUCUAUCAGAUACAGAUCUCUGUCAUAUACUAAAAUUCCCGUUAUUUUUUUAUUUACUUUUGGUUUGCUAUUUAAGAAUUUCCACAGUGGUCAUUAUGAUUAAUUGGCUUUUUUUUUUUAGGUAUAUGAAUGAUUCUUUUUAGGCAUUUGAAUUAUUAUAGGCAUUCAUGUGGACACAUGUAACUGUGAAGUUUGUAUUAGUUGUACAUUAAGCACUGUGACUACUGACUCAUAUCAGUUUAUUUUUACUGUAUAUAUUUGUUUAAUGUGUAAAAGUGGAAUAGUCUUAAAGGAGAAGUCCCACUUCCAGAACAAAGGUUUACAGAUAAUAUACUCACCACCUUGUCGUCCAAGAUGUUCAUGUCUUUCUUUCUUCAGAUGUAAAGAAAUUAUGGCAUUUGAGGAAAACAUUUUUCUCCAUAUAAUGGACUGAUAUGGUGCCCCAAGUUUGAACUUCCAAAAUGCAGUUUGAAUGCGGCUUCAAACGAUCCCAAAUGCGGUUGUAAACGAUCUCAGCCGAGGAAGAAGGGUCAUAUCUAGCGAAACGAUUGGUUAUUUUCAUAAAAAUAAUACAACUGAAAUACUCUUUUAUCUCAAACGCUCAUCUUGUCUUGCUCUGCCUGAACUCUGUGUAUUCUGACUCAAGACAGUUAGAGUAUGUCGAAAAACGUCAAUUGUAUUUUCUCCCUCAACUUCAAAAAUGAUUUCUAAAUCAUCCUACAUUGCUGCAGAAGUACCGACCUAGUCUUUGCAAAGUGAACAUGCAAAGAAGAUCAAAGACCCUUAACAAAAAAAGGUGUAAAACAGCGAUAUGGGGCGAACAUGAGAUGGGAGUUUUUCAACAUACCCUAACUGACAUGAACCGGAAAAAAAAAUUCAGGGAGAGCAAGACAAGACGAG